AUGUCCACACACGUGCUGGGAGCUGACGAAGCAGUUCGACUCGUCAUCCAAUACUUCAAUCAGCUGUCGAGUGGAGCCACCCCGCGACACCCCGGACUGCCGGCAACUUCCGAGUUGGGCGGACCAACGGGACCACCAGCAGGGCCACCAGGACCACUGGCAAUCGGCUAUGAACCACCGACUCCUGCCGAAGCAGAGCCAGAGACCGAACCCGUGAUUGCCACCGUCUACACUGUCAAUGCUGACGACGAGGGUCAGUGGUCACUGACCUCAAUCAACACGAUGACAGGAGAAGAGAUCAGCUCUUGCACUUUGCAAGCGACUGCUACAGGCUACUAUGUCGUUGUGUACGUGGACGGUGUGGGCUACUUCUGGGAUGGGAGCUCGGACAGUGACAUGGUGCAUUGCGGUGAGCACCUGGUUGCUCAAGCUGUGGAAGUCGCAUCAACUGCACCGGGAGUGGCAGCUGCAUCUGCGUUGCUUCCUGGCAUGUGCGCUUCCGGAGCCCCUGGUGGCCCUGGAGGGCCCGGAGGACCUGGCAAUGGAGGUACCACCGCAUUGGUGCCGCGUCUCCCGGCAGAUGACGACGAGGACGACUUCUCUGAGACAGAGGAGGCAGAUCGGCCAGUCAUCGUUUCCUACUCGGAUGGCACCCAGUCCAUCUUCUAUCGCCAGAGAGCCGUUGAGCUUCCGACAGCGAACCGCUGGAAGCUUGUCCAGGACCCUAACACGGCUGAGUGGCUGGUGGAUGAUGAGAAUCAGGACCCCAAGGUGAAGCCGAAGUGGGUGGCGAAGCUCAUGUCAUCCAAGCGCUCCCGCACGAUGACAUCCGCAGAGCUGGAGGGCAAUCCCACAGCCCGGUCGAGCCACGAGCCUGCCCCGACGACCCCACCAAAGACUGGCGAAGCUACGAAGGCACCGGGUUCGCCGGCUGCGAAGGAUCCGGCAGCCGCAAAGGAUCCGCCGACUGCGAAGGAUCCGCCAGCUGCGAAGGAUCCGCCAGCUGCGAAGGAUCCGCCAGCUGCGAAGGAUCCGCCAGCUGCGAAGGAUCCGCCAGCCGCGGACGGUCCGCCAGCCGCGAAGGAUCCGCCAGUCGCGAAAGGUGAGCCGGCGAGCAAGAGCCCACCUGUGAUUCCGGGACCGUCACCUGUCGGACCUCCUCCGCCCACACCGGCAAAGGCUAAGACCCCGUCGCCGAAAGAUCCGCCUGCAAAGGCAGCUCUCCCGAAGCACGGCAAGGGCGUGUAG